AUGCCGCCCAACGACGAGCCCGCCGAUGCUGGCAGCAGCUCUGCUCCCGAUCUACAGAUUCUCGGCGAUGAGAUCACCCUGCAACCUAGUGGCUAUGUUGAGCCGGAGGGUGGCCAUGAGGGCAAGGAAGAGGCAUUGCUGAACCAAUUUGCCUCGUUCCGCGCCGAGCCUUUACAAUUCCUUCGAGAAGUGUCAUUGUAUGUUUCGGGUCAGGGCUGGCGAGCAUAUAACAACGUCAUUGGUCAACCGGCCUUUUAUUCCGGCUUUUCAGAGAAUAUGAAGUCAAUGGUUCUGUCAGCACCACUGCUUCAGGAACGCAUCACAAAGCUUGCAGAGGACAGGGUCGCCGUUGAAGUCAAGGAAGGACUAAUAAACAAGGAUGACAAAGACUUUGGAGUAAAGUGCGCCCAGAGGCGAAACGCUCUCGAGAAUGGGCUCCAGGAAGUCGCAGAUAAGAUGACCGACGACAUGAUCUGCAAAAUGGAAAGCAAGCCAUUUAUUCGAGGGGCCUACUACAUGGCUACCCAGCUUUUGACCAGAGCCUAUCACCAAGGAAUCCACGUGUCCAGCGAAGAAGUUUUGCGCCUACGAAAGGUUGCUGACUUUGCUGCCAAGAAGAAACAGAGUAUCAUCUUCCUACCCAGCCACCGAUCUCACGUCGAUUACGUCUCGCUGCAGCUCAUUUGCUAUCGCCUCGGCUUAACAUUGCCUAUCGUCGUUGCCGGAGAUAAUCUCAACAUCCCGCUCCUCGGCAGCUUCCUGCAGCAUGCUGGUGCCAUGUGGAUCAGGCGAUCAUUUGGUGACGAUGCCUUAUAUACCACGUUGGUUCAGAGCUACAUCGACACCUUGCUCCAAGAGGGCUACAACUUUGAAUGUUUUAUUGAAGGAGGCCGCUCUCGCACCGGGAAGCUAUUGCCGCCGAAAUUCGGCAUUCUGAGCUUUAUUCUUGACAGCAUUCUAUCUGGGCGGGUUGAUGACGCAAUUGUUUGUCCCGUCAGUACUCAGUAUGACAAAGUCAUUGAAACCGAGGGCUAUGUCACUGAGUUGCUUGGAGUACCGAAAAAAAAGGAGAAUUUGGCAGACUUCGUUUCUGGUGGCUCGUCUGUUCUUUCAUUGAAGCUUGGUAGAGUGGAUGUCAGAUUUCAUGAGCCGUGGAGCCUGCGCAAGUUUGUUGAUGAGCAGUUAUCUCGCCUUCCGUCUAUUCCCCCUGGCUUAGACACCGAACACCACAAGCCUGACGUGAGAGCCGCUCGUGAAAAGAUUUUGAGGACCAUGGGGUACAAGGUGCUAAGUGACAUCAAUGCUGUGUCUGUCGUUAUGCCAACUGCUCUCAUUGGCACAGUUCUCCUUACUCUGCGUGGUCGUGGAGUUGGUUUACAAGAGUUGAUCCGCCGUGUUGAAUGGCUCACUGCCCGAAUUCGUGCCAAGGGAGGGCGUGUUGCUCACUUUGGAAACGCGCCCACGUCUGAAAUUAUCAAUCGUGGUUUGGAUGUGCUUGGCAAGGACCUUGUCGGCAUUGUCAAUGGCCUAGCUGAGCCGACCUUCUAUGCGGUUGACCGCUUCCAGCUGUCGUUCUACCGAAACAUGACGAUUCAUUUGUUCAUCUAUGAGGCCUUGGUUAGUGCGGCAAUGUACAUGCAUGUCAAACGUGGUGGUGGGCCUGCUAUGCAAGACAUCUCAUACACUGAACUGAAGGACCAAGUCUUCUUCUUGUCCUCUUUGUUCCGCGGCGAAUUCAUUUUCGGAUCCGAUGGCCUUGUCACAAACUUGGACAACACUCUCCAUGGUCUCGAGGCAGACCAUAUUGUUCGACUCGAUCGAGAUCAGAGCGGCACUGUCACCACAAUCGGGCUGUCCGUGGAAGAACGCAAGGCAGGCCGCGAGAAUUACGACUUCUAUUGUUUCUUGAUUUGGCCGUUCAUAGAAGCCAGCUGGCUUGCGGCUGUCUCGCUGAUGGGCCUAUCACCACCACCUGGGAGUAAUGGAGAAAUCUGGGUUGAGCAAAACAAAGCACAGAACAGCGCUCAGCUAUUGGGUAAAACUCUCUACCACCAAGGAGAUUUGUCGUACUUUGAAGCCGUGAACAAGGAGACCCUCAAGAACUCAUACACCCGUUUUGAGCAAGAUCAAAUCAUUCACGUAGUCAAGUCCAAGGACCCCAAGAUCCCGCCUAGGAUUCAACUCGAUCCAGAAUGGCGGCCGUCGCGAGACCCCAAAACCGGUGCCCUCGUUGCUGCAGGUAAACUUUGGGAUUUCACGGAAAAGAUUGCUAGUUCACGACGAGAGGGCAAGAAUCGACGAGACGGGGCCACGGUCAGUGUGCGUGUGCUAAGAUUGACCGACCAAUUGGGGGCCAAGCUAUUCGCCGAGGCUGUGGACGGCGAGAAGCAGGGGAAGAACAAAGUUCCCAGUCGGCUCAGUGUCGAGGAACAGGAGGCGCACAAGAAGGAUGUGCGGAGGAGGAGGAAGAAGCUGAACCAGCGGGCACAUUUGUAA